GCGGCGAGAGCAAGCGAGCGGACGAGUACUGCUGAGGAGAGUGGAAGAGCGCGCUCAAGUCAGUGAUGCUGUCGCCCGGACAACAACAUACAGUACAGACACACAAAAGAAGCGGUGCAAACAAACUGAUGCCAACAUAACGCAAAGCCAAUCCAAAAACCCCUUAGUGACUGAAAUAUAACGAGUCUUGUGUUAUACUAAGAUUUGCUGAAGUAGUUUGUGGUGUUGUUUACAUUAAGAAAAAUAAGAAGUGAUUUCACUGCAGCGCAGUCUCGCUGGCACAGAGGAAGUGCAAACCUUCACGUCCAUCCAGAGUGACUCAGUGCCUGCCAUGGAUUCGGAAGAUGAACCCUUGUUGCUCCAAGGUACCUGGAACCUAAGCGAGUUCGAAGAGCAAGAGGAGGAGGAAGAUGAGGAGGAGGAGGGAGAAGAAGGAACAGAACAAGCAAAUGGAGAUGCGCAGGUCUGUAAGGGGUUGUGGUGGGCUUUGGGCUGGGUGUACACGCAGCCCUGGGCCAGCGGACUGGUUCUCGCUGUGGGAUUUCUGGUACCCUUCACCCUCUCUGCUUAUAUGUUCCUUCACUGUGAACCGUUAGACAUUGACCUUUCCUACAGUGCAUUCGAGGUCAGAAGUCAUGCCUCUGCAGAACGUUUUGAUGCUCUCGCCAUUGCCCUGAAAAGUCAGUUGGGGUCUUGGGACAGGCACAGGCGUGAUGCCGAGGGAUUUGACUUUGAAGCCAAUGCACUGAGGGACCUUUUGUUGCUCAUGGUAAACAGAAAAGGGAAGGACGUCUCUACAAUUGCGAAUGUCACAGAACCUGCUGGGAUCUUGGGGCAGACUGAGACAGGGAUACACAAUGACAACAGACAGUUUGGAAAUGAGAAAAACAACAAGAUGAAAGAGGAAAAGACAGACUUGACAAACCCUAAGAUAGCGGCAAGCCUCAAUUCCAGUGAUGCUGAAGAUCACAGGAAACCAGACUCACCCUUAAUGAGGGAGCGAAGAUUUGCAGGCUACUCCUACCUCCAGACCCAGGCCCUGUGGAGGAUAGAGCUAGUUUUUGUGGCCCAGGGCGACAAGGAUAACAACAUUUUCACCCCUGAACGCCUUCACACCAUACACCACGUGGAGAGACUUCUAAUGCAGCACCCUCAGUUUCAGCAGUUCUGCUGGAAGCCACUGGAGGCAUUGCGAGACUUACCCCUGGGACCUUCCUUCUGCUCCCCUCCAAGCUCCCUCCUGUCCUACCUCUUUCCCAGUGAGCGUGCAGGGAAGAUCUACUAUGAUGGAAUGGGACCUGAUUUAGCUGAUAUACAUGGUGCCCUGAGCUUGGCGAUCACCCAUCCACAGUUUUACUGGUAUGUGGAUGAGACUCUCACACCAGACAAGCUUCAGUCCUCUCUUCUUCGCAGUGAGAUCCAUUUUGGAGCUCCUCUCCACUCUUUCUACUCUCUUCAAGACAGACCUUUAGAACAGAGACGUCUCUUCAGAGACUUUGUGGUGCAGUAUGCUGAUAUCCUUUCACAACAAUCCACCAGUAAAGUGAAGGUGUUGUACGGGGGUACAGAGUUAUUUGAUGAUGAGGUGCGGAAGACCUUCCACAGUGACAUGUUGCUGGCGUUGUUCAGUGGGGGAUGCAUUACUGUCCUUGUGUACGUUCUAACCUCAUUUUCUGUGUUUCUGACAUUCUUUGGCUUGGCCAGUAUUGGUCUGAGCUGUCUCGUGGCGCUCUUCUUGUAUCAUGUGGUGUUUGGAGUGAAAUACCUCGGCAUUCUCAACGGAGUUGCAGCCUUUGUCAUCAUCGGCAUUGGUGUGGAUGAUGUGUUUGUGUUCAUAAGUACCUUCAGACAGUCAGCCCACCUGACUUGUUCAAUGCAGCGUAUGAUUUACACUGUAAAGACAGCAGGCAGAGCCACGUUCCUCACGUCCUUCACGACGGCAGCAGCAUAUGCUGCAAACACCUUCUCACAGAUCCCAGCGGUUCAUGACUUCGGUCUGUUCAUGUCUCUCAUUGUGAGCUGCUGCUGGCUUUGGGUUUCCAUUCUCAUGCCUGCUGCCCUUUGCAUCUGGACCCAGUGUGGAGCUGCCCAUGGCAACGCCUGUCCCAAAUGGUGGACCACUCUAACUAAACUGUCCGCCAGCCCUAGUCCCCUCUCAGAUGAUGAUGAUGUUGCUCUAAUAACUGUGGAAAUGGAACCAGGUGUGUAUGACUCUGAAUCGGAUGCAGCCCUGCUGUCGAUCUCUGUAGAAGCUCCUUUGUCCGUGUCCACUGAGGGCAAUGUGGGAGUUGUCAGUGCCCACCUUCAGAGGCUCCUGAGACAGUGGGUGGCAGAACCUGUUGUUGAGAAACGGAAAACUAUUAUAGGUGUGUAUGUUUUGGUUCUGCUGGGCUCAGUGUGGUGCUGUUGUCUCCUGCGGCCGGCCAGUCACGCGCCUGUGCUGUUCCACAGAGACACCAACCUGCAGAGACUGCUGGACCUGCGCAGUAACCUGAGCGCUCAGGGGAUUGCCUGCCAUAUGUGCUCAGGUGUUUUUAUGGAGCGACCUCAUAAUCUGCACAGCACUGCUGAUUUCACAAGCUCUACCUCAGGGAACCAUCCCACAAUUCCCUUAAACCAGUCCAAACCAGCAUCCAACAGCACCGCACAGACGCUCGCAGGUGGUCUCCUUACUGUCUAUGUGUUUAAACUGGAGAUGGGCUCUGCUGUUCCUCUAUAUCGCUAUUCACUAAGUGCCAGUGUACCUGCACCCUGGCAAGCAUCAUCGGCUGGGCACGGGGACGUGCCAUUCUUUCAGGCCUACAGCAGUCCCCAUAGCAACUUCAGCACGCGGAUGACCGUGUGUGUGUCUCACGCCUAUCACCCCCGCCCUCGCUGGAUGCUUACACUGCGGUCAUGUGACGGCGGCCGUCGCUGGAGAUCAGAGUUUGAGUUCUACGUGGCUUUGGUUGAGCAGCAACACAGCAGGAAGCUCUAUUUUGCCCAACACACCAUCAGCCCGUACCCCAGCCGUGUGUGUGACGGGCCGCCGGGGUGUGUGUUCAGCUCUGGGCCUGAUGGACCCACUCAGGGCAGCUUCUACGCCCCACUUCCUGCUGCUCCUACCCAGAUUAAGAUCUCCAGGACAUCAGGCUUUAACCCCUGCAGUGGAGGUGAAUGUGGGAAACCAGCAGUGCGCCCUCUAGUGGACACCGGUGCCAUGGUGUUUGUGGUGUUCGGCAUACUGGGGGUCAACCGCACCCAGCGCUCAGACAACCAUGUUAUUGGAGACCUGGGCAGUGUGAUCUUUGAUCCAGACUUUGAUGUGUUUAAUGAGAUCGGGCACUUGUGCAAGCUGUGCAAAGCCAUCAGUGCCAAUACCAAGCUGGUGAAGCCUGGUGGAGCUCAGUGUUUGCCAUCAGGAAACAGCCUCACAUCCAUUCUGCCCUUACUUCACCCGGAGUGUCACUCUCUUCCUGAGCCCAACCUGUUACCUGGCCAGCUAUCCCAUGGUGCAGUGGGCAUGCAGGGCGGUAGAGUGCACUGGAUCUCUAUGGCUUUUGAAUCAACCACCUACAAGGGAAAGUCUUCGUUUCAGACUCUCUCUGAUUUCCUCCAAUGGGAGAGCUUCCUGCAGAAGCAGCUUGCAUCACUCCCAGCGUCGUCUGCCUUGAGAAGAGGCUUCCAGACCUGCCAACACUGGAAACAGAUCUUCAUGGAAAUUAUAGGUGUAGAGAGCGCCCUCUACAGUCUCCUGCUGUCACUUGCCAUCUGCAUCGCAUCAGUAGCUGUGUUUACUGCACAUCCUCUUCUGCUGCUGCCAAUCCUGCUGAGCAUUCUGGGUAUGGUGUGUCUGGUGGUGGCGGUGAUGUAUUGGCUCGGGUGGGAGAUGGGUGCGGUUGAAGCCAUUUCUCUCUCCAUAUUGGUGGGCUCUUCGGUGGACUAUUGCCUGCAUCUAGUGGAAGGCUAUCUUCUGGCGGGGGACCCUGAAACUUCAGGACUGGCUAAUCACAAUUCGGACUCCUCCAUCAAACGGCAGCUACGGACCCUUGAAGCAGCCAAUCACGUGGGUGUUGCCAUAGUCUCUAGUGCCGUCACUACGGUGAUUUCAACCAUUCCGCUCUUUUUUUGUGUCAUCGUGCCUUUCGCCAAGUUUGGUCAGAUCGUGGCCAUCAACACAGCAAUUUCCAUCGCGUUCACUCUCACGGUCACUACCGCGCUACUGGCGACAAUGGGACCCGCCGACUUCACUCGGCCCCCCAGAGCCGUGCUCAAAGCCGCUCUGGCGGUCCUGAUCAUGGGUGUCUGUGGAGGUCUGCUUUGGUGGACCGGAUCACAGUUUGCUCCUGACACACUGAUCUAAAUCGCACGGCGAAUCCCUCCUGCACCCGUUUCAGACCGAGGAACCUCAUUCCAGGUGGAUUUCAAGCGUGCAGAUGUGAUUUGUUUGUGACGUCGAGACAACGUACUGGGAAGCAAGUUGGGAAAAAAUGAAGUAUUUAAUAUGUGGCACACUGUUAGAAAUUAGGAAACCCUGUAUGUGAAUAGUGAACAGUCUGCAUGAAGGUAGCGAGCCCUGACAGACGUGGGAAAUGACGUCGGACACAUUUAGGCGAAUAACACUGUCUUUGCUAUCAUGAAUCGAUCUGUCAGGGAUUUGCAUUAACGUAUGACCAAAAGAGUUGAUUAUUCCUCGAUGUUGUUUUUUAUUCACAACCUGAACUGAAGUGACUGAAGUGAUGUGAGGACGUGUCUAAGUCCCUGAAGUCUCAGAAGAGAAGAACGUGAAUUCUGUGAAUUCAUCUCGCGUGCGGGAGCAGGACAACACUGAAGGAGAAAGAAAGUCAAAGACGAAGCUGCUUUUUCACCGUCCUUGAGGGAUGUUGUGACAGGGUUGGUGUUCAACUCGAAAGUGAAUUAAUUGAAUUCCAGAUGUAGAUGGUGCUGUACAUUUUGGUUAAAGUCAACGAGAAUUGACAUUCACAAGCCGUUUUACUUUUGCAAUGGAACAUAUUUCUGAAUCAUACAGGAUAUUAGGAAACACAGUAGGGCGGGAUUUGAGUUAGAUGAGUCAAUGUAUUUUGUUGAUCCUGGAACAACAUUCCUGUCUGAAAAUGUAGUCCUAUCCCUAUCCCUAACCUUACCCAUAACUUAUCCCUAAAAUCAGAGGGAAAUUAUAGGUGAAUAGCACAGAUGUAAAAGCACCAAACCCUGGUUUUAAGCCUAAACUUGACAUAAAACUGUAAACUUGUCCCUCAAAUCUGAUUGGUUGAUUGGAAUUGGAACGUUGAUCCAGGAACAUGUUCCAUCAGGAAUCGAUUGGAUGAUGAAAAGUGAAAGUUUACCCUCCAGUUUAUCGCAAUGCUAAAUUGCUAAUUGGCUAUCGUAUAGUCCAAAAAGCCUUGGUUACGGUGGCUGAAACGGAAAAGGAAGGAAACUUAUUGUUAACUAAAACUAAAACAAUUAAAAAUUACAAUGUUUUCUUUAACUGAAAUAUAGCUAAAAUAAAAUAAAAUAUGAAUAUUAGAUGAAAAACUUCACUUUAAAAAACUUAAAUGA